AUGGGUAAAAUAGAAAUAAUGCCCCUUGAUACCUUAUUACCUCUGAGUAAUCUUAAGAUUAAACCUACUAACGUCGCAGAAUGGAAACAAAGACAUUACAUAACAGGCUAUCUUAAUAAGGACCAGAAAAUUAGGAUAUAUAUAACUGAGGUUGAUUGGUAUGAAAAUGAACUGCAAAGUCUCAAACAUAAUCAUGAUGGAACCUUAGAAAAGUGUGAUAUACCGUGUAUCUUGCAAAAGAAAGAUUUAAAUAAUUUAACAUCCGAAGAGCUUAAACAUGCUAAUGCUAUUCUUAACAUUAAUACACCAAAUUUACCAGAAAAGAAAGCCUGGGAAGGGCAAAAAUUUAUAAAAUUUACUUUAGAACCUAAGACUCAUUGCCCUCACUGUCAUGAUGAAAACCACAUAUUCGAUAUCCGCGCUACUUACGAUGAGGACUCUGAUAUACCUACAAACUUCUUUGAAUCAAAGAAUUGUGUCCUUUCUAAAUAUCCAUUUUAUCUUGCAAUUGAAAAUUGUCAAGAAAAAGAUUACUCCACUGAAAAAUUUUGGAUUGCGUUCGAUUUGGGUAUCGUGCCUAUUAUAUGGGGUGCGCCUAAUACUCGGUCAUAUUUACCACAUCCUAAAUCAGCUAUUUUUAUUGAAGACUUUCAGGACACAAAGGCACUUGCAGAUUAUUUGAAAUAUUUAGCUAAAAAUGAGACCGCGUAUUUGGAAUAUCAUAA